AUCAUACAGGCUCAUCGCGCGAAUUUCCUCUUGUGUAGCAGACCACAUGCAGCGAUCAUGUCACAUCGCUGUCUUGGUAGAUGUAUACAAAAACUGUUUGUUAGAAGACAAGUGACUAGAUUAGUACAGCACUGGAAUGCCGUGGCCAUUCACAAGGCAGACCACACACUGUCAUUCAUCACAAACAGAGCUGUUGCAACACAUACAAAUGAAAAUCAAAUUGGAGAUACUGUGGCCUUCAGUCAGCGAACCCACUGCUGUGGAGAGUUCCGUCGGUCACACAUUGGGGAGGAGGUUAAAGUCUGUGGCUGGGUGCAGUACAAGAGAAUGAUAUUCCUAGUCAUGCGUGACUGGUCAGGGCUUGUACAGGUCCUCCUACCAGACAGCAUGCUGGACGUUUUAAAAGAUCUGCCAUAUGAAUCUGUUGUGGAGGUAACUGGGACAGUGCAAGCCAGAAAGAAAGGUGAAGUGAAUGAGGACAUGGACACAGGAGAUGUUGAAAUCCUGGCAAAGAGCAUAAAAAUUCUCAACCUAUGUCAGAAGGAACUACCAAUAAACUUGAAAGCCAGAGCAACAGAGACCAAUGAGAUGCAGAGAAUGAAGUAUCGGUACCUGGACCUUAGAAACGAACAAAUGCAGUCCAAUCUUCGUCUUCGCUCCGCGAUGGUCAUGAAAAUGCGAGAGUUUCUCUAUGGCCAUGGUUUUGUGGAUGUGGAUACACCAACGCUGUUUAGAAGAACACCUGGGGGUGCCAGGGAGUUUCUGGUUCCCACAAACCACCCAGGCAAGUUUUAUGCUCUUCCACAAAGCCCACAACAGUUUAAACAAAUGUUGAUGGUCGGAGGUGUAGACAGAUAUUUUCAGAUUGCUAAGUGUUACAGAGAUGAGGGAAGCAAACCUGAUAGACAGCCAGAAUUCACACAGGUUGAUUUAGAACUCUCAUUUACUACACAAGAAGAUGUAAGGAGUUUAAUUGAGAGCUUGAUGCAAUACUCCUGGCCAGUGAACAAAGGGCAGCUUACUCUUCCAUUUCUUUCCAUGACCUACCAUGAUGCAAUGAUUCAAUAUGGUUCAGAUAAACCAGACACCAGGUUUGAUAUGAAGCUACACAUGGUGGAUGAUGCUAUGUUGGACUGUGGGAUUCAGAAGAUUGAAGACAAUCUGAAGAGAGCUGGAGCACACUGUGUGGCCCUUGUCGUGUCCCAGGGAUCAAUGUUUUCAAGGAAAGAUAUCGACAGCCUAUACAGUGAUGAGAAAUUCGUUUUUGUAAGGAUUGGGGAAGCAGGUGCUUUUAAGGCUAACACAAACCAUUUAAAAGCUGCCACAGUCCAGCGGUUAUCGUCCGAAUUAAAUGUUCAGGACGGGGACCUGAUUGUUUUGGUUUGCGGUGAUGGCUAUUUACCUUAUGAAAUCUGUGGGAAAAUUCGAACAAAAGCAGCCUCGCUAUUACAGGAAAAAGGAGUGGCACUGACUCCACCUAACCAGUUUAAUUUUUUGUGGAUCGUGGACUUUCCAUUAUUUUUACCAGCAGAAACUGGAGAUGGACUGGAGCCAGCACAUCAUCCAUUCACUGCGCCGCAUCCAGAUGACGAAAAAUAUCUGAAAAUCGAUCCACUCAAAGUAAGGAGUCAGCAUUAUGACUUGGUGUUGAAUGGAGCAGAAGUUGGAGGAGGGUCUAUUAGAAUCCACGAUGCUGACACUCAGAGAUACGUUAUAGAAAAUAUUUUAAAGGAGAAUGUUGACCAGUUACAGCAUCUAAUUGAGGCCUUGAGUUUUGGAUGCCCUCCACAUGGGGGCAUAGCUCUAGGUUUGGAGAGAAUGCUGGCUGUGAUCUGUGGUGCCAACAGCAUUCGUGAUGUCAUUGCUUUCCCCAAAACUGUGGAGGGGCGGGACCCAGUGAGUGGGGCACCAGCAGAAAUCUCAGAGGAUGAACUAGUUCAGUACCACAUACAGGUCAGUGCCAGCAAAGCUAAAGAGGAGAGAUAACCCGUCCACAGCAGUCAGAUCACAGUCAGCCACAGGAAGAAAGUCAGCUCCACAAAUAGCAAAGUCAGGAUGUGUCUCAAUAAGAUUAAAAGUUGUGUGUGAAAGAAUGCAGGAAAUACAGUACUCUGUGACACUUCAGUGGAAGGAUGUUUGUACUGUGAGAUAACUAGAAGCCGUUCCUGUUAUUUUAUUUCCUGUUCGUUACACAAGAAACUGAUGUCACACAGAACAUAAGAUAGUUUGUACUGUGAGAUAACUAGAAGCCGUUCCUGUUAUUUUAUUUCCUGUUCGUUACACAAGAAACUGGUUGCAUGCAGAACAUAACAUAAAUGUAUAUGUAAAUUACAAAAUUGUGCUUAUUGAUAAUGCAUAAACAUCUUUAUGAUAAUUCA